CUUUUGUCAUGACUAGUUCGUCGCAAUGGAGGUGGCCUCAUUGGGUCAGGAAACAGAGCCACAGCCUACAUGACGCUUUUCCACGACUCCAACUUUUGGUACAGUUACCGAUCGGGCCUGGUCACUCUGCCAAUGGGUUCUCCCUUGUAUGUGGCAGUGUUUGUGCCUGAGAAUGAUCCAAACUUUGCUGUUGUUCUGGAGGACUGCUAUACCACAAACUCCUCAAAUCCUCAAGACCACAUGCGAUACUAUCUCAUUCAUUCCAGGUGUCCCACUGACCCUCGCCAUGUGUCAGUGAUUGAGAACGGUCAGUCUCUUCGUGCCCGUUUCGCUGCCCUGCUCUUCCCUCUCCACGGUGGAAAUCCAUACGUCUUCCUUCACUGCACCCUACGUCUGUGUGACAAGAGGACCCAAAACUGUGUUCCCCACUGCAGAAGAAGGACAUAUCGCUCUGUUGACAGCCAAGAUCAGCUCCAUCCCGUCACCAUUGGACCAAUCACGUUCGAGUAAUACAUUAAACUUGGUAACGUGGAAGAUAUAAACUAAAGUUACAUUUCCUUUUUCAUUUUCAUUUUGGACCUUAGGGGAUAAUUGUAAAAUGAUAAUUGAGUGAGCCGAUGAUGAUGUAUUUAUUCCGAUGUAUGAUUUCAAUCAUGUUUAAUCUCAUGUAGAAUUAGUCUCCUUGAUUUUAUUAUCAAUAGUUGUAAACCCUGAUUUUGAUAUAUUCAUUUGUUCAUAGAGGAUAAUCU